UUAGAUACACCAAUCGUGAGUAUACUAUCGUCAAGUGAGCAACGUUGAUGCAAUGACCGGAUUUUUUGCCUUUUCGUUUAGUUGUCGGAUUUUUGCGUUGUAUUCGAACAUACACAAACUUAUACAGAUAACUUGCGAACAUCAGGUCAUUCCAUUGCGAUCUAAUCCAUUAAGUUGCGCAUUUUUGUAUAUGCGUGUGAAAUGAAAGUGGGAUCAUUGAAUAUGUUACGAAUCGACAUAUUUUCACUUCCCGUCUUACGGUCAACCGGUCAAAAGGAGCUGGCGAUUUUUACUUGCAUAGACACAACUCCAAAUGCAAAUUAUUCGUGAAAAUAAGCAUACCACCGCAUCCAUAUGCCUACAUACAUACAUUCAUAGCGGUUUAUUAGUAUCGACUUGUAAAAAUUCUCAUGUAUUUGUGAAAAUGAGCAAAUUCUCGAACGGCGCCAUUUUUUUUCGCCACAAAAAUUUAAAUUCCAGCCAUCACACAAUAUCAUGUAACAGUGCAGUGGAACAGCAAAAUCGGAAAAGUGAAUACGUACUGUAAUUUCGUUCCACUAGGUUUGAAUGCGCCUUUCAUUAUCUACAUUUUAUCGUAGUAAAAAGCUUACUAAUCGUUAAAAAUGAGUGAUUCUACCCCAAUUUGCCGAUGUCGCGUACUUUAUUUGGGUAGUGCCGUUCCGCGGCAAAGUAAGGAUGGGCUACAAGGAAUUCAAGAGCCCUUGAGAACUCUUUAUCCUUCCGAAGGUGCGGUUGGUGCUAAAGGUAUAGACUCAUGGCUAAGUGUUUGGUCAAAUGGAGUUCUACUUGAAAACGUUGAUGAAAAUUUAAAACAAAUCACCCGAUUUUUUCCUAUUGAAUCUCUGCACUACUGCGCGGCUGUACGACAAGUUUUAAUACCAGAACGGGGAAAUUCUAAGCCAGAACCAAAAUUCUUACCACUUGACUCUCCAUUCGCUCGAAUGCCCCGCGUCCAACACCCACCAAUAUUUGCCGCUAUUCUACGACGAACAACCGGCAUCAAAGUCCUUGAAUGUCACGUGUUUAUUUGUAAACGAGAAGCUGCCGCGAAUGCUCUAGUCAGAUGUUGUUUUCAUGCUUACGCCGAUAAUUCGUAUGCCCGCCAAUUGGAGUCUGGUAGUUCUGGGGGUGGUGUUGGCAGUAGUGUCUAUGGAACGCUCAAAAGUGUCGUUGGAAGCAAAUCGAAUGGAGACUUAACACGUAUCGAGAUAACAAAUGGUAAUCAUCACCACAAAGGCCCGUCUUCAAGCCAAGAUGCAUGGUGUUCUCGAGCUAGCAGUACAACCACCCUAAACAGUGUUGGGAGGCAGUCCAAUGGACAUACGUUCAAUGGAACGAGUGACAUUAGCUUGAAUGGUGGAGGAAGCAAUGGAAGUGCCGCUGAAGGUUACACAUCUGUGAAAAAUU